AUGGCUCUGUUGACCGACCUGCCAGCCGAACUACUCAGGAAGAUACUCGAGCACUUCAUCCAACUCCACCAGGCCAACCUCGACGAGCUGAAACGCCCCUGGAACCGCUGCUUCUUCUACCCGGGAAAGCUUGACAUUCGGCUGAGAGCAAGUUCUAAUCUACGAUCCAAAGAAACCUAUCACUCUAACUUCCAGCUACUCAACGAAACUGGUCUCUCUCAAGCUGUCUCCCGGACGACGGCUCUGCCGCCCAGUCUUUUAUUGCCGCUCUGCUUGGUCAACCGCGCCCUUGGAAAAUAUGUCCAGCAGGCGCUCUUCGCACACGUCACCUUGAUCGACCAGUGGCAGGCCCAUCUAUUCUACCAGGCACUCACCAGCCCAUCGACCCUUCAGGACCAAUUAGAACUGCCAGAUGAUUCCCCUGAUACUCAUGGCAAACGAAGCAGGACGCAAGACAUUCAAGCGAGGAGCACUCCAUCCGAUCAACAUCCGCCGACUAGCCUUGCUUGUCAGGUCCGGUCACUGCAGUUCAAAUUCGUAGGUCCCUGCUCGCUGGGAAGGGGCGGCGGCUCUCUCGUCUGUCAGAUCCUCCGAGCUUGUCCCUUAGUCGAAAACAUCACCAUCGCCACCGGGUUCAUGACUUGCUGUCAGGAGCCCCUCCUGGACGCCCUUGCAAGCCGACCGUUUAUCAAAACCUUCGUGCUUCUUGAGAGUUUCGGCAAAAACACCUCGUUCCUCCCAUGGACUGCCGAGCAACUUCUCGGUCGCUUAUUCACCAAAUGGGAGUCCCUCCAGACGAUCGAGUUGAUUAAGUGCCAUGUGAAUCAUAGGCCGUUAUGGGAACCAGGCGGUUACGAUAGCUUCCUGCCUGCACUGAACUGCGCCCUGCGAACGAUUGUCUUGAAUUGCCCAUGUCUCAAGGAGAAGGACCUGGCCAUGAUCUUGAAUGGCUCUCGAGCCAGCCUGCGGAACCUACAGAUCUGUCAUCCAACUCCAGCUUUGCACCGCCCGGGUCUAUACCGAAUCCUGACUGAAUGCAUCAGCCCAGCCUUGGAAUCCUUGACACUCGAAGUGAACGACAGAUGGGGGAAGAUGAUCUUCCCCCAGGCAGACUACCCUGACUUGAACCCGGGCCUGUUGGACCACGUCUUCAAGACUUCCUCGACCCUGAGUAAUCUCAAAGAGCUCUCUUUCGCUGGCGACCUUACUGGCGAGGACUUCCUCGACCUCUUGCCCCAAUCGAUCGUCAAGCUUACUUGGAACCGUUGCGGCAUCUCCUUCGAGGCCUUUUCUGAGGCACUGACAAGUGGGACAGUCAAUUCCCUUGAGCUGCCUCUUCCUCUUCAGCUGGAUCCCCCCUCUGGCGCUGAGACAAGACGGCCCCGGUGGCUACCCGAGCUCAAAUGUUGCUCGAUCUACAAUUUCGACAAAUGCGAGGAGGAAUGUGCACGAGUGAUUCGGCAGGAGCUAGAUGAGCGACGGGUCUGCUUCCAUUCUGUUGCCCCGUUCUACCGCGUUGAAUACGAACGCUAA